UUCCAUUAUCGCCGCCUUGGAAUAUUUUCGCACUGUCCUAUCCAUUCGUUAUCGUUCCCGCCAACAGGGAUCUCUCGAGAUGGCGCUUGGGGCGCUCCUCGUCGCCGCCACGAAGCUCGCCGGCGUUUUGGUCACCGUCACGGUCGCCGCCAACGCCUUCUCCUUUGCCCGCUAUCGCCGCCGCCACCUCCGCCCCUUCCGCUCCCCCAUCGACGAGUCAGCCGACGUCCUCGCCGCCUUCAACGUCCACCCCGACUCUGCAGAGGAGGAAAAUGGGUUCUUUUUUGGAUUAGCAACAGCACCUGCUCAUGUUGAGGAUAGGCUAGAUGAUGCUUGGCUUCAGUUUGCAGAGCAACAACCCUGUGGUGAUAUGGAGCUUAAAGGGAAGCAGCAGCCAGUGGAUGCACUGAUGGCUUCUGCUACUGGUGAUGGUGGUUCUCAGCAAGUUUCUUUGGCCACAGAUGAGCCUAAAAAGACUGCUAAGAGGGAGACAAGAAGACCCAUAAAGAUAGCUAUGGAGGCCAUGAUCAGAGGAUUUGAGAAGUAUUCAGAUGGAGAAGAAGGAGAGCACCGUUCUAGCCCAGAAUGCAGUCAUACUGUUGCUGCUUGGCACAAUGUACCUCAUCCGCAGGAGAGGUUGAGAUUUUGGUCUGAUCCGGACACCGAGUUAAAGCUGGCUAAAGAUACUGGUAUCAGUGUUUUCAGAAUGGGAAUAGAUUGGGCAAGGAUAAUGCGAAAGGAACCAGUAGAAGGACUUAGAGACUCUGUUAAUUUUGCAGCAUUGGAGCGCUACAGAUGGAUCAUUGAAAGAGUACGAUUUUAUGGAAUGAAGGUGAUGCUUACUCUGUUCCAUCAUUCACUUCCUCCAUGGGCUGGAGAAUAUGGAGGGUGGAAGCUGGAGAAAACAGUUGAUUAUUUCAUGGAUUUUACAAGGCUUGUUGUUGACCGUGUAUCAGAUUUGGUGGACUAUUGGGUAAUAUUUAAUGAGUCUCAUGUAUUUGUUAUGCUAACUUAUUGUGCGGGUGCUUGGCCUGGUGGACAUCCUGACAUGAUCGAGGUAGCAAUGUCUGCCUUACCUACUGGUGUUUUCAAUCAAGCCUUGCACUGGAUGGCUGUGGCACACUCAAAGGCCUAUGACUAUAUCCAUGGAGAAAGCAAGAGUAGCCAGAAACCUAUUGUUGGGGUUGCACAUCAUGUCUCUUUUACAAGACCCUAUGGUCUAUUUGAUGUUGCUGCUGUUGCACUGGCUAAUUCAUUGACACUUUUCCCCUAUGUGGAUAGCAUCUCUGACAAGCUAGAUUUCAUAGGCAUUAACUAUUAUGGACAGGAAGUAAUUUCAGGGCCUGGCUUGAAGCUUGUGGACAAUGAUGAGUAUAGUGAAUCUGGACGUGGCGUUUACCCUGAUGGUUUAUACCGUAUUUUGCUUCAGUUCCAUGAAAGAUACAAACACCUGAAUCUGCCAUUCAUUAUUACUGAGAAUGGAAUUUCUGAUGGAACUGAUUUGAUUCGACGCCCAUACUUGCUGGAGCAUUUAUUGGCUGUAUAUGCAGCCACUAUAAUGGGUGUUCCUGUGCUUGGUUAUUUGUUCUGGACAACAUCAGAUAAUUGGGAAUGGGCUGAUGGAUAUGGUCCCAAGUUUGGACUUGCGGCAGUCGAUCGUGCCAAUGACCUAGCACGUAAACCUCGCCCUUCGUACUAUUUGUUCUCCAAGGUGGUGAAAACAGGCCAAGUCACAAAACUAGACAGGGUUCAAUCUUGGAGAGAACUCCAGCAAGCUUCUCUAGCAAAGAGAACGAGGCCGUUUUACCGAGCAGUGGACAAACAUGGACGUAUGUAUGCAGGAGGGCUAGAUGAACCUAUUCAUCGACCUUAUAUCCAAAGGGAUUGGCGGUUCGGGCAUUAUGAAAUGGAUGGUUUGCAGGACCCCUUUAGCCGCAUGUCAAGACUUUUUAACGCACCAUUUUCACAUAAGAAAAGGGUUCAUCAAUCAGAAGAUGAUGAUAUGGUUCUUCAGCCUGUUGGCCUUUGAAGACUGUUCCAUGAACUGCAAAGAACAAAAAUGCCUCUAUUGUUUGCUUAGACUUUAGGGAUUCUUCAGCGAUGAAUGCCUUCAACAAUCAAUACACUGGAGGGAAUUACAAACUCCUUGAAGCUCUUUGGCUACUCUCCCUUCACUGAGCAGUAACUACAUAAAUGUUUCUUCAAUUUGUUGCUAGUUCCAUGUCUUAAGGUCAGGAGCCAAUUGAAGUGACAUCAAGUUUAUUGAUUUGUCUAUUGUGAAAUACGUUUUCUACCAAACUGUUGUAUUAUAAGCCAGAAACUGCUAGCUUUUUAACUAUUCAAUGCUCUUAUCUAUGGCAAAGCCACGCAUCUUGAAAAAAAGAAGCUUCUUGUUGAUGCCCAAAGUAUUCUGAAAAGGCAAAAGCUGUUAGCAGAUUGGACAUUGUAAACAUGAUGAGCUUGCCAAUGCUUUAUUAUUGUGUUGGUA